AUGUCGGCCGUGUGCCCGCCCAUUGUCGUCGCUUCGACGAGCGGUCCGCUUCGCCUCGCGCCGGCCACGCCCAUCGCUCAACUCGGCGAGCAGAAGAAUUCGAUGAUGCAGCUCGCUGAGCACAACGAGCCGUCGCCGCCGCCCGUCGAGCGCAUUAGUCAAAUGGCGAGCCUCCUCGAGUUGGGCGGCGUUCGGCGGCCGGUUCAGAUCAACGCCGAUCCGCGCGUCUACAAAGGAUCGGUGUUCGCGAAUCGUCGACUCUCGUACAACAACGCAAAAAAAUCCGAAGUGGCCGAGAAGAAGGAGAAAAAGUACCGCGUCGGUGUGAUCCGCGAUCAACUCUCAUCGGUGCUGCCGAGAGUUGCGCAGCCUUCAACAUCGACAGCGAGCGUCUCGGCGGCGGCGACGUCGCGAACUCAUUCGCUGAGCAAAAGAGGCGCCCAUCGCAAUUUUCUGCCCGAACUUUCGCAGAAUGGCGGCUCAAUAGACAAAAAAACGUUCGCAACCGCCCGAUUCUCGCCGAUCAAAUCGACAUCGGUGCCGAAAAUUUAUCGAAAUGGCGAAAUUUUGGCGGAGCGACGCGCCAGCGGCGAUGCGAAUUUUCCGGCGAAAGUCGUCGUGAGCUUCGAGAGCCGUCACCAAGUGCCACGUGGUCCGAGCGGUAUCCACCAUCGACGCAUCGUUUCCCAAACCGGAACACCGCCGUCAUCGCCGAGGCCAAUUUAUCAAAUCGUCGAGAGCGGCGUACAAACUGAUGACAAUUUUGAUGAGAAAUUCGACGAUUUGGUUCGAGAAUUGGCAAACUCUGCAAUUACAAUGGCGAUUUUUCAAAUUGAGGGCGAAGACGAGCUUGAGAGAAUCCAAAAGCGGGCGAUGGAAAGCGAGAAGAAGCUGGAAUGCGAGACGCAAAAGCAGACGGAAAUGACAGAAAAAUGGAAACGCGAAAUAAUGGAAAAGAAUAAUCAAUUAGAAAUGUGGAAGGCGAGAGAAAAAGAGUCGAGAGAAGCGCAAAAAUUGGCAUUGGAAACUUGCCAUGAAGUGACGAAAAAAACGUUGGAGAAUUUGAAAAUCAUCGAGAGGAAUUCGAAGAAGAGCAUCGGAUUGGACACGCGCGAAAUGAAUCGAUUCGAGCAGAAAAUGGAUCUCGUCACCGCCGAACUCGAGAAGGACUUUUUCCCGUGGAUUAUCCAAAGGGCCGAGCGGAUGUUUAGGAAUCGAAUUGCGAGGAACGAGCUCGAUCAAAGCAUGCUGAAUGAGCUUGAACAACGAAGAGAAUUGGCAAAAAGGCGACUGAUCAACAAUAUGCAAUUCAAAUUCUGA